AUGGCCGGCAAUUAUAGUGCAAGGAUAGUGCGCACCGUCCGGAUGGCGUUUGCUGGGACAAAUAUCAGUUUGUCCCAGCUGAUUAAAACGCAAAAACUGACGGAGCGUAUAGACGACCUAAAGCAGAAAAUCGCUGCUUGGAAAAUACAAUUAGCAAUAAUAACAGAAAUACAAUUAGCAAUUAGUAUUAAUAACACUAAUACAGAAAUACAAUUAGCAAUUAGUAUUAAUAACACUAAUACAGAAAUACAAUUAGCAAUUAGCAUUAAUAACACUAAUACAGAAAUACAAUUAGCAAUAAUAACAGAAAUACAAUUAGCAAUUAGCAUUAAUAACACUAAUACAGAAAUACAAUUAGCAAUAAUAACAGAAAUACGAGUACAAUUAGCAAUUAGCAUUAAUAACACUAAUACAGAAAUACAAUUAGCAAUAAUAACAGAAAUACGAGUACAAUUAGCAAUUAGCAUUAAUAACACUAAUACAGAAAUACAAUUAGCAAUAAUAACAGAAAUACGAGUACAAUUAGCAAUUAGCAUUAAUAACACUAAUACAGAAAUACAAUUAGCAAUUAGUAUUAAUAACACUAAUACAGAAAUACAAUUAGCAAUUAGUAUUAAUAACACUAAUACAGAAAUACAAUUAGCAAUAAUAACAGAAAUACGAGUACAAUUAGCAAUUAGCAUUAAUAACACUAAUACAGAAAUACAAUUAGCAAUAAUAACAGAAAUACAAUUGCUUAGUAUUAAUAACACUAAUACAGAAAUACAAUUAGCAAUAAUAACAGAAAUACAAUUAGCAAUUAGUAUUAAUAACACUAAUACAGAAAUACAAUUAGCAAUUAGUAUUAAUAACACUAAUACAGAAAUACAAUUAGCAAUUAGUAUUAAUAACACUAAUACAGAAAUACAAUUAGCAAUAAUAACAGAAAUACAAUUAGCAAUUAGUAUUAAUAACACUAAUACAGAAAUACAAUUAGCAAUUAGUAUUAAUAACACUAAUACAGAAAUACAAUUAGCAAUUAGUAUUAAUAACACUAAUACAGAAAUACAAUUAGCAAUAAUAACAGAAAUACGAGUACAAUUAGCAAUUAGCAUUAAUAACACUAAUACAGAAAUACAAUUAGCAAUAAUAACAGAAAUACAAUUAGCAAUUAGUAUUAAUAACACUAAUACAGAAAUACAAUUAGCAAUUAGCAUUAAUAACACUAAUACAGAAAUACAAUUAGCAAUAAUAACAGAAAUACGAGUACAAUUAGCAAUUAGUAUUAAUAACACUAAUACAGAAAUACAAUUAGCAAUUAGUAUUAAUAACACUAAUACAGAAAUACAAUUAGCAAUAAUAACAGAAAUACAAUUAGCAAUUAGUAUUAAUAACACUAAUACAGAAAUACAAUUAGCAAUUAGUAUUAAUAACACUAAUACAGAAAUACAAUUAGCAAUAAUAACAGAAAUACAAUUAGCAAUUAGUAUUAAUAACACUAAUACAGAAAUACAAUUAGCAAUUAGUAUUAAUAACACUAAUACAGAAAUACAAUUAGCAAUUAGUAUUAAUAACACUAAUACAGAAAUACAAUUAGCAAUUAGUAUUAAUAACACUAAUACAGAAAUACAAUUAGCAAUUAGUAUUAAUAACACUAAUACAGAAAUACAAUUAGCAAUUAGUAUUAAUAACACUAAUACAGAAAUACAAUUAGCAAUUAGCAUUAAUAACACUAAUACAGAAAUACAAUUAGCAAUAAUAACAGAAAUACGAGUACAAUUAGCAAUUAGCAUUAAUAACACUAAUACAGAAAUACAAUUAGCAAUAAUAACAGAAAUACGAGUACAAUUAGCAAUUAGCAUUAAUAACACUAAUACAGAAAUACAAUUAGCAAUAAUAACAGAAAUACGAGUACAAUUAGCAAUUAGCAUUAAUAACACUAAUACAGAAAUACAAUUAGCAAUAAUAACAGAAAUACGAGUACAAUUAGCAAUUAGCAUUAAUAACACUAAUACAGAAAUACAAUUAGCAAUUAGUAUUAAUAACACUAAUACAGAAAUACAAUUAGCAAUAAUAACAGAAAUACAAUUAGCAAUUAGUAUUAAUAACACUAAUACAGAAAUACAAAGUAACUACCUAUCUCACUUUUAG